AUGUCAGCGAUGAAGGGAGCAUCGGCGGCAACCUCCGGCCGGUUUUUCACGUUCGGGCUGGUGACGUCGUGGUAUUCGUCGAACAUUGGAGUGUUACUCCUAAACAAAUACUUGCUGAGCAAUUAUGGUUUCCGGUACCCGAUCUUUCUGACCAUGUGUCACAUGACGGCUUGUUCUUUGCUAAGCUACAUUGCGAUUGCUUGGUUGAAGAUGGUCCCGAUGCAGACUAUAAGAUCUAGGCGUCAAUUCUUCAAGAUCUCUGCUUUGAGCCUCGUCUUUUGUGGUUCCGUUGUUAGCGGUAAUAUCUCUCUCCGUUAUUUGCCCGUGUCCUUCAAUCAGGCUAUUGGUGCUACCACGCCUUUCUUCACGGCCGUCUUUGCUUAUCUGAUGACUCUGAAGAGGGAGGCUUGGUUGGUUUAUGUUACUCUCAUUCCCGUCGUCACUGGGGUUGUUAUUGCCAGCGGGGGUGAACCAAGUUUCCAUUUAUUUGGGUUUAUUAUGUGCGUUGGUGCAACAGCUGCUAGAGCCCUUAAGUCUGUGCUUCAGGGGAUUUUGCUCUCUUCUGAAGGGGAAAAGCUGAAUUCCAUGAAUCUUCUACUUUACAUGGCUCCCAUUGCUGUUGUGCUUCUACUUCCUGCCACACUCUACAUGGAGCAAAACGUAGUUGGUAUCACGUUGGCACUGGCUAGGAGUGAUAUCAAGAUCAUCUGGUUAUUGCUCUUCAAUUCAGCGCUUGCGUAUUUUGUGAAUUUGACCAAUUUUUUGGUCACGAAACACACCAGUGCUCUGACUCUUCAGGUCCUAGGAAAUGCAAAAGGUGCCGUUGCGGUUGUUGUUUCAAUUUUGAUAUUUAGGAAUCCCGUGUCAGUUACUGGGAUGCUCGGAUACGCUCUCACAGUUUUUGGAGUUAUACUCUACAGUGAAGCCAAGAAGCGUAGUAAAUGA